UACAACAGGUGAGGCUACCUGAGGGACACAGGGAGGGUUUUGGAUACACCGCACGUCUGGAUGUACCGACAAGGACGUUUACCAUAAUCCAGUAUAUGUGUAUUCGUAAAUAAAUAUAAGCGUAAAAUAUAGUAUUCGAUAUUUGCAAAUAGAAAUGGCAAGUGUAGGACUGGCCGUUGGCGCUCCGAAUACAGAAGAGAGGGCGGUUUUCACGCAGCUUAAACCCGUGCGGAUGUGUAGCGCGGAUGGGCCGGAGGACUCGUCUGUGUUUGAAGACGUCAAACCCGCGGUGAGACUAGCAAUAAACGCUGUUGAAAUGGCUCAGACACGUAUGGAGAUGGAUAAAUAUUUGCUCCAGAACAGCCCGCUGGUUUCUCCAAGCAUGAUGGAUAAGAAGUACCGUCGGGAAAGUGCCUCAGUGGUAGAUGAGUAUUUUGCAGAUGAAAAGCCAGCCCCUUACAGUCUCAACAUCAACGUUAUCCUGCCUAAUACCACACACCUUCGCACGGGCCUUUAUCGCCCAAACAAACCUCAGGUGCAUCAGAUCAAAACUGAGCCAGGGGUGGACGAACCAUGUGGCAUUCAGACACUCCCCGAAUUCACCUCCGUCUUCAGCGUGCCCCAGACAGUCAACAGCCUCUUAAUCAAACCUGAAAUAAACGUCACAGAUGAGCUCCACAUCGGCCCUCAGCAGCCGGCAGUCUACCACAUGGCCGUCAGCACUAGCGACCUUACCACAAUGACUUUCUCCCAGAGUCAAUCGAUGAAUGGAAUCAGUGCAUCUGGCAGGACCAUGCUCAACCUGAACACUGUAGCCAUGACAACGCAAUCUGGCGAAUUUGUCAUGCCCGAGCCAUUCUACACUUCACCGCAGCCGCACAGUUUGCCUCCGUCACCCCCCAAUUCCCAGCCUGGCAGUCCCGAGAACCAGGCAGAGCUCAUUACCUCUGUUCACCCUCCCCCACCAUACCAGUCUAGAAUUGGAAUGAAGGUUGGACAGAUGACCCCUCACUCCAUUCUAAUGGCCCACGGUCAGGGCAUCCUCACGGGACCCAGAUACAACCGACGGAACAACCCUGAGCUGGAGAAGAGAAGGAUUCAUCACUGUGACUUCCCAGGAUGCACCAAAGUUUACACAAAGAGCUCUCACUUGAAAGCACACCAAAGGACUCAUACAGGUGAGAAGCCAUACCAGUGCAGCUGGGAAGGAUGUGACUGGCGUUUUGCCCGCUCAGAUGAACUGACGCGGCAUUACCGCAAACACACCGGCGCAAAACCCUUCAAAUGUGUCGCCUGCAGUCGCUGCUUCUCUCGUUCAGACCACCUAGCACUGCACAUGAAGCGCCAUCAAAACUAAUGAACUUCAAAUCCUUACUUUUCAAGUUUUAUAACAGUUUAUUGUUCUGAAUAUUUCACAGUCACUUAUGUAUGAAGAUCAAACUAAUGAAAGCUCUGCCGUCCGCCACCAACACUCCAAACAUUUAGAUUGUCAUGAAGAGGACUGGACAUCACAACACCAGAAGAGCAAAGAGCUCCAGCAGACUGUAUACUACUGUACAUAUGUUUUGUAUGUGUGUAUGUCUGUAGAUGAAUGUGAAAAGAUGUUAUGAAUUUUAUACUUGACUUCCAUCAACUGUCUAAAUUUGAAAAUGUUCCUUUGGGACUGUCUUCCUAAUAACUUGAAAUGUAAAGUUUGAUUUAUUAAUUCCAAGGUAAUAGUUAAUUGUUCAUUUUGAAUGACGUUAACACAAUAUUUAUAUGGAAUUUCCCCCUCACAAGAAGUUGUUUGCUUUUAGGUAAAAUGCUACAAUAAAAAAAAAAAGAGUAACACUAAUGUUUGCCAUUUUCACAGUUGUGUAUCCAUGGCUACAGAUCUUUGCGAGACUGUGUUUAAAAGAUCAGUCAUCUGUUUGACAUUUUGGCUCUUUGAAUGACAGAAAAAAAAUUCUGAUGAAUGAGACAAAUGAGCUUACAAAAGCAUUUGAGCAUGUGUGCCAAAUUUCCAGAAGAAUAUUAGCUAUUCACAUGUGUUUCACAAAACAGUUGAUUGUUUUUCAUGAAAAAAAUGUAAAAUGCAGCAUUGUCACGUAAAAUCUCAAAGAAAUGAAGAAAGUGCAUCAGUCCCUCACUUUUCCCAAGAACAAAUUAUUCAUAUUAGUUGAAGACAUUGUAGCAUUUGCCUUUUGUACUGCCCUCGAGGCCCAUCUUGUGCUCUAGUGGUGACUGCAGUUUAUAAAUGCUUAAUAGUUCUCAAGUUCCUUUUAUUUGUGUACAUAUCCUUCACUUAUGAUGGGAACUCUGAUGGAUCAAAAAUACUGUACAUACUGUAGUUAGUUAAACUACUUGUAAAUAUUUUACUCGUUGAAGAUAAUUGUUUUUAUUAUGAACAAAUGGGAUUUUUUUUUUUUGUCUUGAAUGUGGGUGUAUUGCGUUUGUAGAUCUUGUGUACUAAGUGAUCAGUUUAACAUAGGCUAUUGUAUGUACUUGUUUGAAUACAGAAUUUUGAAAAUAAAAGAAUACAUUUUGUGUU